UCAGUUGCUUUGGCCAGGGUGGAUUUUCAGUGCGUCCAGUUCGUAAUGUCAUGUUGCAGGUAUCCAAGCGCGGAACAAGGCUAUUCCAUCGGCGCAGAGAAUGGCAGAAUCAGACUGCUCACGUGUACGCCCUGAUUAUCUCGUAUCUCAGAUCCGUUCGUCGUGAGGUCCUCCACACCGUACGUGGUAAGACAAUUUCCUGGGAGCUUAUAUAAAACGGCUCAAGGCGACAUGUCGUGGUGUACACCUUCCUGAACUACCGACACGAUGUUGGACGCACUGCGAUCCCUGCUAGCAACCCUGCUGUCUCCCGCCGUAACGGCCCCAGAAGGCCUUUUGGAUGGUGUGCAUGGAGACAGCGCGGGCCCACCUUUCUCGCUGGGUGACUUCCCCAUCGAUACUCCCAGGCCUCUGAAAGUGAUCGUCAUAGGUGCUGGCUUCAGUGGAAUUGCUGCGGGCAUCCGCUUCCUCCAGCGUGUUCCGAAUAUUGAUUUGACUAUCUAUGACAAGAACGACGGGAUCGGCGGGACGUGGUGGUCGAAUCACUAUCCCGGACUGGCCUGCGAUAUCCCGUCUCACUGUUAUCAAUAUACCUUCUUCCCCAACACGCAAUGGUCCGCCUUCUACGCCCCCGGAUCUGAGAUACAGGCGUACCUGCAGAACGUUGCAUUCACGUAUCAGCUCGAGAAGUACAUCAAACUUCAGCAUGAGAUGGUUGGCGCAAGGUGGAACGAAGCGGAAGGCAAGUGGCAUGUGACCAUCCGACGGCCCAAGGCUGGCACGAACACCUCUGGCAGCACGGCUGAAGACUUCGAGGUCUUCGAGGAUACGGCAGAGUUGCUGUUUACGGGAAUGGGUGCUUUAAGCCGGUGGAACUGGCCCGAUAUCGAAGGGCUCAAGACCUUCAACGGCCUGGUGGUCCACAGCGCCAAGUGGGAGGUCCCCAAUCCAGCCGAGGCGAUGACCGGCUCUCCUCAGAUCAGAAAGGACUGGGAAGAAGAUGUGAAGGAUUGGGGCAGCAAGCGUGUUGCGGUCAUUGGUGUGGGCUCUUCGGCAAUUCAGAUCGUUCCUGCUUUGCAACGCAAGGUUGGCAAGGUGCUCAAUUUUGUUCGAGGCAAGACCUGGCUGGCACAGCCGUUUUCUCAAGGCAAGAUGGCGGAGCUUCUGAAUAGGGAUCCGAACUCGGAUAAUUACGUAUUCUCUGCAGAGGAGAAGGAAGCAUUCCGGGAUCCGGCGCAUUAUAAGCAAUUCCAACACGCUCUAGAGGAGGACCUUAACUCGGCACACCACAGUACGCUGAAGGACAGCGAGAUGCAGAAGGGCGCCCGUGUGGCGUUUAAAGCAAAUAUGCUGAAGCGUCUCGCGAAGAAGCCAUGGAUAGCGGACCAUCUGAUCCCGGACUUUGGUGUCGCCUGUCGACGUCUGACGCCUGGCCCCGGCUAUCUGGAAGCCCUUUGUGAAGACAAUGUUGACUUCAUAUCGACACCGAUCAAGCGAAUCACGGAAAAUGGUGUUGAGACGGUUGACGGUCAACUUCACGAAGUCGAUGUGAUAGUAUGUGCUACUGGAUUCAACACUUCCUUCACCUACCCCUUCCCGAUGAUCGGCCGCAAUGGUGUGAACCUUGCAGACAAGUGGAGCCCGCACCCGCGCAGCUACUUGUCCAUCUGUGUCGAUGAUUUCCCGAAUUGGUUCUUUUCUCAGGGACCGAACGCCGGCGUUGGCUCUGGGAGUCUCACCGCAGUCAUUGAGUAUCAAGUCGACUACGCGGUACGUGUUGCUAGGAAGAUGCAACGCGAAGGGUUGAAGUCUGUAGAAAUCAAGAAGGAAGCAGUCGAUGAUUACGACGAAUACAUUGAACAUUACUUCCCAAUAACCAUCUACAGCGAGAAAUGUAGAUCGUGGUACAAGGCGGGCAAGGAAGAAGGGAGAGUUGUUGGGCUUUGGCCAGGUUCUUGCCUUCAUGCGCUUGUUGCUCUAAAGGAGCCGAGAUGGGAGGACUUCAACUAUCAGCGGUCUGACGGAUCGACGAAUAGGUUACAGUGGCUCGGUAACGGCAUGACGUAUAACGAACAGCAUAUGAGCGGUGAUAAGGCUUGGUAUCUUAAUGAAGAGAACGUGGAUAUUCCACCCGUCCCUCUGAGACCGGACUGAUUGUCCUACGACUAUUUUCUAUGAAUCUCUAGUUGUACUAUUGUAUCUCUAUAUGUCCACCAAUCUCCAGAUAAUUCCCAUUCUAAUGCCAUGACUUUGAUUGAGC